GGUCUGAAAAAUCCGGAUUUUUUAGUAAAAAAUAUUAAUUAGUUGAUUUUGGAUUUGUGGUCAAAAUGAAGGCGCUGGUAGUGAUUUUAGUAAUUAUGUUAACUUGCGCCGUGGAAGGGUCUGAUAGAAGUGAGCGAUCAAAUGAAGUGGAGCCUAGAGGGAAGGCGAAAUACGCGUUAAUUAUUCACUUCUUCUACGUGGUAGCGACAAAGCUGAUCGUCCUUAAGAUGGUCUACGGAGCCCUGUUUUACGUCCUAGUCACAAAAGGAUGGCAGUUCGUCCUCUGGUUCAUACACUACCUGAAGAAACACAAACAUGACCAUCACGAAUAUAUCGAAGACCAUCAUUUCGACCACAGUUAUGGACAUCACGACCAUUCCUAUGGCCAUCAAGACCAUCCUUAUGGUCAUUUUGACCAUGAUGACUCUAGUUAUGGCAGUUUGGAUUAUCAACCUUAUGGCUACGACAAACAUGGUUAUGGAAGCGACUAUAAAAAGAGGAUAUAUGAUGCGGAUGGAUCUUAUGCUGUUAAAGGACAAUAAACAAAUUAACAUAGCUAGCUAAUGUAGGAUGAACUUAUAGGAUAUUGCCGUGUCUCCAAGCGUUCACCGCUCUCCACUUACUCUAUUUUAGACCUUAUUG